AGCGCAGUACACGUUUUCUGGCAGUGGUAAACAGACGUCAGAAGGGAGUCUUCGCCUCGAGUCAAAACUAAACAAAAAAAGAUAUACGAUGAAUGAAUAUUUGGACAUUCAGAAUAGCCACAAGUCAAGCAAAACUAACGAUUGAAAUGGGGAGAAUUCCAAAGGAAGGUACUGAAGCCUUUUUUUUCGACUUUUGAGAGGAUUUUAAACUCCAAAAUAACUGGAGUUAGCCAGCAGCUAACGUUAAGUGGCUAUCACGCUAUUUUAAAAACUACGUUUGGUGUGUGGAGUCGAGCCGAGGUGGGAGAGCCUAAACUCCAAGAAACCGUGGAUUACGAACCGUGCUUUAAAUUGGUCACAAGACGCCGACUGAUCCAAUUUUAGGCACACUCUUAAGGUUUGUGCUCGCGCGAGCAUCGUGUGCUGCUGCGUGUUAAGAAACAUGGCAGAUGGUGACACGCGCUUGCCCGCAAUGUGGAGGAGCGUGAAAACUUGAAUCAGAAAACCACGGACUUUCUGAUUCAUUUGUUUCUUCUCAUUUUGUUUUACAGACCACCAUGAUCAAACUGUUCAGUAAGGUUUUGCGCUCAACAUUUUAUUUUUGUCAGUCGACUAAAAUUACUUAGAUAAUACUGUAGCCAAAGAAGCGACAGCCAGCAUAACAUUACUGUUUUGACAUCAGAAGUAAACGUGUCAUUGCUUAGAUAAUCAUAUAUUGCAGAUUUUUUACUUGAAACAUUGACUAUUUUAUUGCAAACUCCAUGAAUCCAGAUUUUGUAUUCAUUCUAAGUAAUAUUGUUUCACGGGGAGCAGUGACAGAUGUAUGUUGAAAUGAAAAAGUUGUUGUUUACUAAAUUGCUUUGAAUUUGGAUAUCAAUAUUCAAAGUAAUAUUAUAUCAACUCCAGUGUUCUAUUGAAGCUGGAGGUUAUUUCUACAUGCGAAGGAGCGAGGCAGCACGUUGUUUACAAGUGCAGACGAAGGCACAGUAAACCUAGUCGGCUUUUUUGUAUCAGUGACCCACUGUGGUAAUCCUCAUUUGUGGGUUAUUUGCAAAGUAUAUGUAUUUGAGGGCGACUUUUAUGUUAUAAUGUUAAAGCUAAAAACAAAACAAGUCAGUUCAAUUUAUAGUGUUGUGAGAGCAAUAAUUUUAUAGCUAACGUUACUUUUACCUUCAUAAACAUCGAAUAUAUUUACAUUUUCCACAACAAACUACCAAAACUAAACCGAGACAAACGUUUAUAUAUAUAUAUAUUUUAAGUAUAUACCCCACAGUAACACGUUAUGUGGGCCAUAAAUUGCAUUGGUCUCUGAUUGCAAUCCAGAUGUUUUGGUGUGCAUUCCUCCCUGAGUUCUCUUUGUUCUUUUAUACAAACAAAGGAACCGUCAUCACAGCCCUCCUCUGCUCUAUGUAAAUCGGAAGGUUUAUGAUAGUUACUAUUAAAGGGAUUAUUUGGGUCCCCUAAUCUCCAAUCUCAGGAUUAACACCACUAUACUGGUGUAUCCAGAUUAUUGUUUCUCUCUUCUACUAGUCCCCUUAAUAGAGAAUGGAACAUAGCGUUUUGGUGUAGAUAGUUGAAGUUUAUAGAGAACUUUUGGUUAUACAAUAAUUACAUUAGACAAUAUAGUCUAACUUUGAACAUAGACCCCUUCUUAGAUAAGAAUAGGCCUACAUUUUGGUGUGCCUAUUACAAAUACAUGUCCCCAGAUUACAUUUUACAUUAGUCAUUUAGGGGAGCAACUAGGGUUAAGUGCCUUGCUCAAGGGCACAUCAACAGAUUGUUCACAUAGUUGUCUCAGGGAUUCAAGCCUUCAGUUUACUUGCCCAACGCUCUUCACCUAUGACCCUACAAAAGUACAAUAUUGUUAUUUUGAUUUAAAAAAAACAUUUUGUUUCAAUAUUUCAGUCUCACUAUUAUUUACCUUGAUGAUUUAUUUGAAGUAUUAUCUCUUAGUUGUCUACAUUUAGGAUAGUUGUAGCAAACAAAACCUUACAAUGGAGGGUUCGACGGUACCCAUGAUUGACCCAGAUUUUGAGCCGCAAAGCAGACCUAGGUCGUGCACAUGGCCGCUCCCCAGACCCGACAUCUCAGCUGUCAAACCGGAGGUGGCGGACGGCCCUGAAUCUUCUGCGGGAACCCCGCCCGCCGACGACGAUAAGCAGGAGCAACAGCAAAUCAUAUCCGAGCCUGAGAAAGUUGUGGUCACAGAGGGAGGAGUCGUAGCCGGAGUAGGUGGAGCCACACCCAGAAAGGGAUCAUCCCGGCGCAAUGCAUGGGGGAACCAGUCUUACGCGGACCUGAUUAGUCAGGCUAUUGAGAACUCUCCAGAGAAGCGUCUAACCUUGGCACAGAUAUAUGACUGGAUGGUGAAAACUGUGCCUUACUUCAAAGAUAAAGGAGAUAGCAACAGCUCAGCAGGGUGGAAGAAUUCAAUCCGCCACAACUUAUCACUCCACAACAAGUUCCUGAGAGUUCACAAUGAGUCCACAGGCAAGAGUUCUUGGUGGAUGCUCAACCCAGAGGGGGGCAAGACUGGGAAAGCCCCCCGUCGCCGUGCUGCCUCCAUGGACAACAGCAGCAAACUGCUGAAAAGCCGGAUGCGAGCCAAGCAGACCAAGAAGGCAGCAGCAGGCCUGGGCGGGACCACUGGGGGAGAUGGCGACGGGGGCGCAGACAGUCCCAACUCCUCCCAGCAGUUCCCUAAAUGGGGGGUAAACAGUGGCAGCCCCUCAUCCCGUGGUAGCCUAGACGACCCUGACAUGUGGACCAGCUUCCGUCCACGCACCAGCUCCAAUGCCAGCACCCUGAGUGGCCGGCUGUCCCCCAUCGGCCCCGGCCAGGAGGAUGAGGAUGACCUGCCUGAGGAAGGUCUACUGGGCUACUCCACGGGCAACCUGCCCCCCACCCUCACUGAGACACUAAUGGAGGAGCUGGACCUGAUCGAUGGCCUGACACUGAUGACCGAGCAGCAGGGAGGGGCUAGUCCCAGCACAGCCCCACCGGCUCCCCCCACCCCUCUGCCCUCUGCCUCAACGCUGCUUCCCCGGGGCUCCGGGUUCCCCUCCUUCCGUCAGCUACAGCCAUCCAACAUCUCCCAGGCCCCCAACCAGACUGGGGGACAGUCCUCAGGCACACAAUGUGGCAACAAUAACAACUCCAAACCAUUAAACUAUGGUAACUCUCUCUUUAACCCCAUGCCCAGCCCUGGCUCCCGUGGGACUGGUCUCUAUGGCACCCAUGUUCCCUCCAGCUUGGAGGCGUUGCUCACCUCAGACUCCCCGCCUCCCAGUGAUUUCAUGAUGACCCAGGUGGACCCCCUUAUGCCCAGUCCUAGUGGAGUGGGGAUGAUGGGCAUGGGGGGUCCCAUGGUGGGAGGGCGGCCCAAACCAAACCAGCUGUUGCUGGGGAAGGGGCUUGAGCCAAACACUGUGGCAUCCAUGAGGAUGCAGUCCCAGCUCCAACAGCAGCACUCUCAGCUGGGCCUGGGCAUGAUCCUGUCAGGCAUGGCCCAAGACUCUCCACAGCUCUCAGCCCUCAAAGCUCAGCAUGCACAGCUGCCAGGUAUGGGGCCUCACCACGGAGGGGGCCUAUCCAAUAUAGGAGGAGGUCUGCCAGGGAUAGGCCAGUUUGGAACGCCGAGCUCCUUCCUACCAAGUCAAGACCGCUUGCCCACUGACUUGGACAUUGAGAUGUUCACAGAGAACUUGGACUGUGACGUUGACUAUAUCAUCAACAGUGACCUCAUGGAUGGAGAGGGCAUUGAUUUCAACUUUGACCCCAUAAUGCCAGGUGGGCAAAGCUACUCUGGCCCUGCAACUACGCAGAGCUCCGCCCACAACUGGGUACCCAGCUAACUUCUCAGCAACCUUGCAGUGUUAGCCAGGUAAGGAUCCCCAAUCACACACAAACUCAACGACACCUACAACCUAGAACACACCUGGUGCAUUCAUUCCUAAUCCUCAUCUCCCUAUUGGCUGAAGAUCCAAUUCCGAAGCAAUUUUUUUAACCUUUGUGCUUGUACUUUUGACGAAAUCAGACCUCAGACAUCCAUGUCACAGGCCAUCCAUGUCCCUGCCCCUAGUAACAGUUGCAACUUUUGGGGACUUUGCCGUAUUUUUUUGAGGAUUUGAGAUAAGUAUGACAGAAUUUAUUUCAGGUGAAAAGAUGAAGCACAACUAACAACUCUAAGUUAAUAUCACAAUGAAUAUUAUUACUAUACCAAAGUAGUUUUAGGAUUGAUAUGGUACACUUCCUUGAUGUCUUUGAUAUUGAAGGUGAAAUGGACAGUGCACACAGGAAGGAAUUGCCAGUUUUCAUAUAAAUUGUUGGUGGUGAACUAUUACCGACAACCACCAACUUGGACAUGAAAUGAAGCUGCUGCAUCUUUAUCUAUGGAGGGAAUGAAGUUCCAACACACUCCUCUGGACUUUCCUCAAUUAAAAUAUUGAGAAGAUGAUACGAGCAAAGGCUGAUGAUGUUAAGUCAUUGGAUGAGACCAAGUUGAAGAUGUAUGAUUUGACAUUGGGCUCCGCAUGUUGACCAGACGUAGUCUAACAUUUGGUCGCUUGGUGGUACGAAACAUGUGCUUCUGUUUCUUUUUCAUUGACGAGACUGGAGCUGCAAAGUAACUACGAGUUAUGUCAGUAGUAAUUUAACAGUACAGGGUAUGUGAUAUGCAUUUACCGCUUGGCAUUCAUGACUGCUCAGUGUGUGCUAAAGAGCAGGGUAGAAAACACUUAUGUGGAGUUUUUUAUUUUCUUGAUGUGCAGUUACACUAACAAUGUGAAGAAAAGUGAUUUGUGAGCUUUUUACAGGGGGCAUUCAAAGGUAAUUGUAUUUGCCAACAAAUUAUUUGGUUGACCAAGUGUUAUAUCAUUGAAAGCAGUUUCCCUCCACUGCUUUAAGGGCCGUUUGAAGGUUUUGCAGAACUGGGUUGUGUUUCAAGGCACUUGGGAGUAUUCCUGUCAUGUGGCUCCUGUACUCUAAUGGCAAAAUAAGAGACUAAACCAAGUUCGGUUGAAUCAUUUCAUCAAAGAAAAGAGGCAAGGUUGUCAUGCUAUGCAGAUCAAUCAGGAAAAUUCAAAAGAAAUCUUGAAGGAAAUUGUUAAGAUCUCUUGAAGGGUUUUGCAUUUAAUGUUUUCCUGCAAUGUUCUAUCCCUUAAAGUAAGGGAAACUGGGCCUUCAUGUGGGAAUAUUUUCUCACUGAUAACUUUGUUAUACAUUACUAACCAUCUUUUUUUAAAUUAAUACAACAUGUGAGAAGUAAAAUAUUUGACUAGUUUAAUAUACAAUUUAGAUGGAGGUUAUAUGUGAAAUAUUAACAUAUAUGAAUAUAUUUCUAUUACUAAUCAGACGUUAUGGAGAAAAACAAUUUCAGAUCAUUUUGAACGGUCAUUUUCUAUAUAUUCUUUUAUUUUUGUAAAAGAUGAGAUGCAUGUAGAUUUUAUACAUAACCAAAAGAACACUAAGAAUUACAUGGCAGAUAGUGGGUGCUUGGGACAAAAAAUACUUUAGUGUAGAUAAGCUUCGCAAGUGGAGCCAAAGAAAGAAAAAAGAAAAGAAAUUUGCAUUUUAACAAAUGACAAGGCAGGUGAGUUGAGGCGAAGUACAUGUGUGGAUAUACCAGUAUAACUUGAUUUUCCAAAUUGACGAGCCACUUAGUUAAUUUUACUUGAUUAUUGUGAAAUUUAAAUCCAAGUUAAAACCCGCACAUGUUAUUUACACAGUGGAGGACAUUUAGCUUUCAGCAGUGAUGCUGAAUUCACAUCUCAAAUGAUGCAGCAAUUAAAUCUCAGGGUCAUUUAAAAAAAAUAAUAAUGGAAACAUCUUCCUUAAGGGAGUAAUCAGAUAAUCAUCAGAAUUACAUUUAUUUUAGGUAAAUUUCUAUGUUAAAAUACAAGACUUGAAACCAACAGCCCCUCGUGUUUUGCCAUUUUCUUAAUCGUGAGGCAUCCUUGACACAAGGGUCUUUGAUUCAUACCACUUUCAAUUUAACACGUAAAAAUAUAAAUUCAAAUUUUACUAUCUAAGAUGGAAAUAAACAAGAGAUCUUUAGUCAUGUAUAUCAUAACAAUAGUCUCGUUCGAGGUUGUUAAACUGCCAAUAUUGAACACUAUAGCAUGUUAUUCAAUAGCAAGAUGCACCAUGUCAUUUUUCAUGUUUUUUUUUUCCUUUUGAAGAUGAGUUUUGUGUUAGGAGAAAGUUUGUAUUUAAAUACUUGAUCACGACAGAAGAAAAGGUUUCAUUUAUUGUAAAUGUUUUUUGUGUUGACCAGUUUUUCAUCUGGAAUGCAUCCUAGAUGGAGUUUGACAUCCAUUAUUAAUAAUUUCACUGUAACCAUGUGAAUACUUUAGCUUUUCAUUUGUAUAAAGCACUCUUUUUCGCACAGAUUUUUCUAUUGACCGGUGCUAGUUGUCAUUUAUGACAUACCCUAAGAGGGCCAUAAUGCAAUGGGUGCAUAUUUAGAUUCUUUCAGGGCCUUGAAUCAUUUGUAUGCAGCACAAGGAUAUUUUAAGUGAGGUAGUGAUUAGUUAAAGCUGAAAUAUGUAACUUUUUGGGCGACCUGACAAAAUUGGCGUCAUUGUAAGCAAGUCUAAGAAGUGGUAGAUCUGUUCUAUGUGCACUAUUUCUAUUCUUCCCGUUUUAAGUUUCAUUUUUGUCUUUUACUUUCAAUUUUGUACACUAUCUGAAAAUAUAAUUUUUGGUUAUGGAAAAUAUAUUUCACAGUGGUUUAGAUGGUACAAUAAUUCUCUACACUGCGUGAUUGUUUUGUCACAAACUGAAAUUAGGCAAGCUAUUAGAAUUUUAGCAACCAGGAAAUGGCGGCGCGAUUUCUGCAUAGUGCAUCUUUCAAGAAACAAACCUUUUAUUUUUCUGUAUUGUGAUCCCCAAACGUUGUCACUUAAAAAUAGUUUUGAAAUUAAAGUGAAUACUGUGUAGUUUGAGGUAUUUUAGUAAUGAUGUAUGAAAUGUAAGCAAAAGGCAAUUAAUUUACUGGUCCCAUUGAUGUACAACAAAUCAACUUGGUUGCUGUGAUGGAUUCCACAGAGUCAUACUAUUGUUACCAUUAUUGGCCGGGUCUUUAAGACAUGUCUUCUGCAUCUUAUGAUGGGUGUGAGUGUUUGAUAGGACUGUGUGAAUGUGUCAGUGUUGGACAGUGGUGUAACUUGUGUGUUGGUGGCUGUUUGUAAAAGCACAGGGUAUAGAGGACAUCCUUCUCAUAGACUUUAUUUGCUCGGUCAUGCCUUGAGUAAUCUGCUGGAGUUUCAGCCACUGUCACCUACAAUUUAUGGGCUUUUUACUUUGUAUCCCCUAGUCCCUGUAAUAUUUCCUCUCAAUAUUUUUCUUACAUUUCUUUAAUACUAAUUUUCUUAUAAUAAAAGUAGCAGUUAGUAAUUUUCUUAUUUUGAAAUAAAAAAAAUGGCCCCACUUUUUGAUAAUACAGCAUUUUAGUAUGUGGACAGGGUUGAGUAAGUUUUUUUUUUAUUUUUUGUAAGGGGGGAAGGGGGUCAGGGGUUGAUAAGUUGUGCAUAGCCAAUAUGGGUUGAUUUACUUUGAUUAGUUUUGGUCUUAUUACUACAGGAGGACAUUUGAAUAAAAAAAAAAAAAAUCCCAUAUGUCGAUCAAAUUAUUUAUCUCAUGAUCACUACAUAACAAACGUUGUUUUGUCGAGAUCACGAGAUAAUCAAAAGGACCACACACCAUCCAUUCCUUUGUUCAGAUGCACGAUAACCACCAUUAAGGAGCCCUGUGGCUGCAUUUAAGCCCUGAACGAUGUCUGACAUGUGCGCCACCCCCAAGACCACAGCCAAUCGCAUGCAAGGAACAACACGGCUAACUUGGCCAGUCUUGUGAGCUAGCUAAGUAGUCUUAUUAGCUAGCUAGCUUGUUAUCUAUGCAGGUUGUUAGCAUGCAUAACUGAUGUGUAUCAUUUUAAGGGACACAUUUACCGUGGGUGAGCUCCAUUCCUAACAGGCUGAUCAGAUGCAAUUUCAGCCUCAGAGGCUGAUAAGUCAGGAUGCUGCCUUGUAGGCUGUUUCAUAGGUAAAGCUCCUUGCAGGCAGAUUAGCUGUCAAGGUGCUUUAUAGGCAAAUUAAUAUCUGAUCCAGGGGCUGAGCUCAAUUCCUGGCAGGCUGAUUAGAUUCAAUAGCAGCCUUAGAGGCUGAUAAAACAGGAUGUUGCCUUGUAGGCUGUUUCAAAGGAAGGCUCCUUGCAGACAGCCAACAAGGCAGCAUCCUGACUUAUCACUCUGAGGCUGCUUUUGCAUCUGAUCAGCCUGCCAGGAAUAGAGCGCACCCACGCUUGAUCAUAUACAUAAUGCACUGACUGCUAAUCUGCCUGUAUGGAGCUUUGCCUAUGAAAAAGCCUACAAGGCAGAAUCCUGAUUUAUCAGCCUCUGAGACUGCUAUUGAAUCUGAUCAAGCUCUGAGGCUGAAAUUGAAUCUGAUCAGCCUGUCAGGAAUGGAGCUCACCCACUGUAAAUGUUUAUUAUCCAUAAAACAUGAAGUGUCCCUUUACAAUUAUACACAUCAGUUAUGCAAGCUAACAACCAGCAUAGAUUAUUUAAAAAAAUUUACGAGCUAUCUAGCUCGCUCACAAUACUAGCAAAGUUAGCUGUGUUGUUGCUCGCAUCCGAAUGGCUGUGGUCUUGGGGGUGGCACACAGCCUGGGAGACGGGGCUGCCUGUCAGGCAUCGUUCAGAGCUUAGAUGCCCUACGAGAGCUUAAAGGAAAAUUCCACCUAAAAACUAUAUUUUGGUAUUUGUUUCAUUAGUCCAUUGUGGACAUAGUCCAAAAUGUUUUGCUUGGCAGCAAUCGUUUAAGAUAUGUAACUUUCAAAAUAGGGAAAUCAUUACAUUUUGCAUCAUACAGGAUGAUUUCUGUAUUUUGAAAGUUACAUCUUGAAAACUUCAUUGCUGACAAGCAAAACAUUUUUGAGUGUAGUUUUCCUUUAAAACAUAUGCGCUGAUCCACGGUGGGCUCUGCCGCUUCAACCAUACUGUCAAUCAUUAAUAAGCCCACUCCUAUUUAUAGAGUUUCUCGUGAUCUCGACAAAACAACCUUUGUUAUGUCAUGAUCAUGAGAUAAAUAUGUUGUGAUCUCAACAUAACGAGGGAAACAUUUUAAUUAUUGAUAUGUCUGUUUUCUGGACAUCCAUAUAUUUCUCUCCUAAUCUUAUUUUACAUGUUGUAAAGUCAGCCAGAGAUAACGUUGAACACGGUUCUGGAAAGUGGAAAUAAACUUUAAACUCUGUUUAA